AGUGCGUCAUACUUUUUGUUCCUCGUUUUUAUUUCUUUGCCAGUAACCAAACGUUUUGUAUGAUAUGAAGACGAAUGUUUAUCAAGUAAAGUUUUUGAUACAAAGGACUUAUUUUACUAUUUAAGACAAGGAGAUUUAGUUUUAUAUAUUUACUGUACGAUCGUUAGAGUAUUUCAAAUGGAAGACAUUACGACGGAAAACUCGAGUGAAAUUGACACCUGGCAAUACCUUUGUGACCAAAUUGCGGAAAUACAGUUCAGGCUCUCACGUAUAAAUGCACUUCGAGAAGUGAAUUUAAAUGUCGCAAGUUUCAGACAGGAUGAAACGUAUUUCCUGUCCCUGGAUUCUAGUUUAAAGAAGAACUCUGCAUUCGUAAGAAAACUGAAGUCAUUCUCAGCCAAAAAUUUAGAUUGUCUAGUCCAAGAGAUGAAGACCCUCAACUUGACCAAAUACCUGGGUGAGGUAGCUGGUGCCCUAGUGGAAUCGAAGUUAAAGAUGGGAGAUAUACCUAGUGCAUCACAGUUUUUCUCUGUUAUGCACCAGUUCUACGGAGAAUUUUCUGCCAUCCUGCUCGAAACGUGGACUAGAAUUUUUGAUGUGGAUCCAAGUAUGUGGCAUCAAAAUGAAAGCAAAAUGAGAAUUAAUUUAUUGUUUUAUGCAGAUAUUUUAAUUACAGGAGUAUGUAACAAUGAAGAAAGCUACGAUUUAUUCGAGAGAGUAUUUUCUACCCUCAUCAAUUCAGACAUGGAAGAACAUCGUAACGUUAAUGUAAUCAAAUCAUUCUGCAAGUACUGCGGUAAUGAAUUUGCAGGGCUAAUUCCUCGAUCCGUUCUGCAUAUUGCCACCAUUUACAACAAGACAAUACCAACAAGUAACAUCAUUCACCAAGAUAAACAGCGAUAUUUCAGAGCACUUCUGAAGGAAUAUCACGUAACUUUGUGCAAACAUUUACUUAGAAUCCACCGUGAGUUGCUCAGAGCUGUUCGUGAGGAAAAGAGGGUGUACAGACUAAAAGGUGAAGUGAAUGAUGAAAAAAAGAAUGAAGCUAAAGAAAUGUUGUUAAAUUUUCAGGACGUUCAUAAAAAUUGCAUGGAACUAGGUGAAUAUCUUUCAGAAGACACUCCUCUUUUUCUUCAGGAUGAACUCUCUUGGGUAGAAGAAAUCAGACUUGAAGACGAAGAAGAAUUUUCUUCUGAGUUAUGGGAAGACGAAGAAACACAACAUUUUUACGAACAUUUUCCAAACCUCAAAGACAUUGUCGCAACAUUUCCUCUCCAUUCUUCAAAAUUUCAAGUUGAACAUCCUAUGAAAAUAAAUCAGCUAGAGUUGGUGGGACUGGAGAAAGGUGAAUCUCCUCGCAUCCUAAAUAAUAAGGUUCAGUUUAAAGUUUUCUUAGAAAAUCUCCCAAAGUGUGUAAAUCGUGAACUAAUAGAUAAUUCAUCUGUGAAUUUCGCGAUGACAUACAACACAAAAUUAAACCGAAAACAAUUGGUCCAAACUCUGUUCUCUGCUCCGCGAACAAGAGUCGAUCUACUGCCAUUUUACGCCCGCCUGGUGGCAACUUUGAGUCCGACGAUGCCAGACAUUGCCAAAGAACUGGAAACAUGUUUGCUAAAGGAAUUCAAGUUUCUGUGUCGUAACAAAUGCCAAACGAAUAUCGAGUCUAAGCUGAAGGUGGUGAAGUUCAUGGGGGAGCUGGUGAAAUUUAGGGUUUUUCCCGCAACAGAAGCACUCGACUGCCUCAAAUGGCUGCUUUUCAAUUUUUCUCACCCUCACCACAUAGAAAUGUUCUGCAGUCUCAUGGAUGCUUGUGGGAGGUUUCUCUUCAGGCAGCAAAACUACCAUCAGAGAGUGAAAAUCUAUCUGGAAGACAUGAUGCGCCAGAAAGCGGCGUGUCCCUUCGACCCCCGCUUCACCACGAUGAUGGAAAACACGUACUACCAAGUGAAUCCCCCCGAGAGGGCAACCACUACAAAUAAGUGUCGCCCUAUUAUGCACGAAUUCAUCCGAAAACUCCUUUAUAAAGACCUGGCACGAAAUUCGUCUGAAAGUGUCCUGAAGUCAAUGCGAAAACUUGACUGGAAAAACCGAGAAAUAGCCGCUUAUGCUGUCAAGUGCCUUACGAACGCCACAAACGUGAAAUUCCACAACAUACGUUGCCUGGCGGAAGUGGUGUGUGGACUUGCUUACUAUCAAGAACUAGUUGGGAUAAAGGUUGUUGAUGCUGUGUUGGAAGACAUCCAAGUCGGUAUGGAGCUUAACCUACCAGAGCACAACCAGCAUCGUUUGACCAUGGUCAAAUACCUCGGCGAGCUGCACAACUAUUACAUGCUCGAGUCGGACGAAGUCCUCAAUGUGCUGCACUCGUUCGUCACGUUCGGAUGGCCCAUGGACCCGCCCACCGGCCUCUUUCGCAUCCGCCUCGCCUGCAUGCUGCUCAACACCGCCGGACCGUACAUGGGCACCGCAGUGCCGCUCGAGAACUACCUCACCACCCUGAGGGACUUCUACUGGAGCUCGGCCGCUGCCGCGGACUCCUGGGGCGCAGCCGUGGCAAACCUCCUGGACGACACUCUUCUGGAGCUGAGGCCCGACCUCAGGCUGCGUCACUCUGAUGAAGACCCACCCCUAGAACCUCAAACAAACUCAGUUCCUGAGUCCGGCUGCAAUACUGGCCAUAACGGCGUGACCACAACGUCGGAGAGUGUGUCCGAAGACCAGUCUCGAAAGGAUUGCGGCGCAGGAGAUCCAAAUAUGAACAAGGAUAAGGAAGAUGGGGACUCCACCAUCGGUAACCUCCCGAAAGACGAACCUCUCCAGAAGUUGGACACGAAGAUUCAAGAUGAGGUACUUACACAAGGUAAUCGCCUGGUAGAGGCGAUGGACAUCAAUGGGAAGAUGCACGGAGAUAUUUCCACAAACAGGAAGAGACAGACAUACCAAAGGUUUCCCACAAACAGGACCAGCCACGUGUGUGUGAACUUCCCGAUAAACAAGACGAUUCUGGCUGAGAAACUAAAGGAUGAGAAUCACUUGGCGGAGAAAGCAUGUCUAAUGGACACCAACAGAAAGAUUCAUGAGGAUUCCUCCACUGACGAGAAGAGUCAGUUAUACCAGAAGUUACCAACUAACAGGAACGGCCAGACGCAAGGAAAUUUCAAGGUUGGCAAUAGGGGCCAAAUGCACACGAAGUUCCCAUUAAAUAGGAACGGCAAAUUUUACGAGGAUCGCCCAGCUCUCUGGAAUGGACACAAGUUCAGGAGAGUCCCGCCGGACAGGAAAAGCCAAAUAAAAAUAAAGUGUUUCACUAAUACGAAUUACUCCCAUCGUGGGAAGGGUCUAGUAUAUGCGAAGAAUGACUUGCACAAAGAACUGGGCAGCUCGAGUGCAUCAGGAAUCAAGGCGAACCACAGCACAUGUCUCAAAGCUGACGACAUUUCACGUGGGUAUGCAGAGCUCUUAGAGAAUACAAAAGAAAUGAAGACCAAGGCAAGGAAAAGUAUGUUUGCAGCUCUCGAUGACUUGCAAUCCCAUUUGGAAAUCUUGGAGUAGUCCAAAUAACAGAACUGUGCCACAUCAUCAAAACACAAAUUUUACGUUUAUGGUGAAAUAUGUAGUUUGAAGCCUUUAUUUUUAAUAAGCGGGAAUUAUUAAAUUUCCAAGUCGGAAAACUUUAAUACGAAAAAAUAUUUGGCAUCAUUAUGGCAGCUAUUAAUUUCUUGUGAACUAUUUCCCAAUGCGCCAAUAAAAUCAUUACUUAUAAGUAGGAUAUUUAUGAAAAAACUUAAAUAUUAAAUAAUAAAUAUAGUUUUGUUAGUAUAGUAUUUAUUACAUCAAUUGAAAUAAUAAACUCUGAGCUCAGAAAUCA